GUUAGUGGUAAAAAAAUAAAACCGUUCUAAAUAUUUGGCAAGAUGGCAGCUUCCAUGUAUAGAAUUUUACUUAAUAGAUUAAUUCUUAUAUUGCUGCAGUUUUACAUUGUUGCGGGUUCUCAGAACGACUCAUUUUACUCAUUUUCCGUGUUAGAUUCAGAACAAAACAGCAUUUCCUUCAAAAACUACAUUGGAAAGGUAACACUGGUUGUCAAUGUUGCCUCAGAAUGUGGAUUCACAGAUGCUCAUUACAAGUCAUUGAUUAGACUUAAGAAUGUGCUGCAGCCGACAGGAAAGUUUGAAAUUCUAGCAUUUCCAUGUAAUCAAUUUGGCUAUCAAGAACCAGGGAGUGAUGCUGAUAUUCAGAAGUUUGUGAUGGAGAUGUACCAUGUUAAUUUUCCAGUACUUGGCAAGGUAGAUGUAAUUGGAGAAAAUGCUUCCCCAGCCUGGAAAUAUCUCACCUCCUCAUUUGGAACAGAACCAAAUUGGAAUUUCUGGAAGUAUUUAGUGGAUGAGAAUGGGGAGGUGGUAAAUGCAUGGGGACCAAGAACUUCUGUGGAGGACAUAUUUCAUGAAAUUAAGGAAAGUAUAGAUAAGAUUGGCUACAAUAAACCACCAUACAGAGGACAUCAUCAUGAUGAUAGUCUAUGAACCCGUGAAUUGUUAAGAUAAACUUUAUUCUACAUAUGAAUUGGAAAUCAAGAUUAUUUUUGAUAAUAUUUUCACAAUAUGAAUAUUUUGUGUUGAAUGAUAUUUGAUUUGAUAUAGAAUGUACGAUUUUUCAUCACAGAUAAUAAUUUCAAAAGACCAGUUUAUUCUAUACAUGUUUUAACAAUGGCUAGACUUUUUGUGCCAUAUUACUGUACAAAUAUAUGUAUACAAAUAUUUUUACGCCAAAUGAAAGACACUUUAAGACUGUAUUGUGAAUAAGGAAGUUUUGUAUGUUGAAAUAAUCAAGAUAAAAUAGGCAUUGAAUAAAAAAGUUAUUUGACAGUAUUUAAUACAAAACAGGGAUAUAUUUGGAUAAGUAACUUAGCUGUACAAACAAUGAUUAUUAGAAAAGCCUAACAGACUUACUGAUCUUAAGUUUAUCUCCACUAUUAAAAAAAAUGUCUGUACACAGUAAACACAUACCUUCUAGAAAGAAUGGUAAGAAUGUGUUUCCUGUCAAAACUUCAACCAAUUAAUUUCAUAAAGUCGAGCGGCGUCCACAGCAGAGUGGUUAAAGUUGUUGUCUUCAAACAAUUUGCCCUCACAGCUGUGGGUCAAGUUCUGAUGGGACUUUGGAUUAUUUAACAUGAAAAAGCUACCAAGCUGGCUUACGGAACAUUGGUGGUUCUACUCAGGUGCCUUAAAUAAUCCACAGCAGGGCACCUGACGUCUCCCUCCACCAGGAAGGCUGGAAAUUUGCCAUAUGACAUAUACUAUGUUGGUAUGACAUAUUACCCAACAACAACAAAACAAAAAUAAAGUCAAAGACCGUAUUAUAUCAUUAAUUUUGUUACAUGUGUGAUUUUGGUGCUGCAGCAAUUGUCUAUGCAAGUGCAUAUUGCUUUACAUUUUUGUUUUAUGUUCAUAGCAUAAUGAUUAUGCUAUUUGAAUAGAUUAAAAUCAUUUUCUGUUUACAUUUUUCUACAUUUUUUAGCUCGACUUUUCUAUGAAAAGGGGAGCUAUCCUACUCGCCCCGGCGUCGGCGUCGGCGUCGGCGUUAGCGUUAGCGUUGGCGUCACACCUUGGUUAAGUUUUUCGUACCACCCCACUUUAUUUCAGAAGUAUUACAAGUAUGGCUUUGAAACUUACCAUACUUGUUCACCAUCAUAACCUCCAUCUACAGACAAGAGUACAUAACUCUGUCAAGGUUUUUGACAGAAUUAUGGCCCUUUUUUGACUUAGAAAGUGUAUUGAGCUUGGUUAAGUUUUUUGUACC